AUGAACGUCAAAGUUGGUCACAAGAGUAAACUAUCGGAUCUACUGCACUACCGGAUUCGAGCUCUUACAAAUGAUGGGAAAGCAUUCGUGGGGGAACUGAUGGCAUUCGACGCUCACAUGAAUCUCGUGCUAGCUGAAUGCGUAGAACACCGUAUUCCAAAUCACCAAAUGGAGCUAUUGAAGGGCAAGAAUAAAGACUCUACCGCCAAACCAAAGGUAGAGACGCGUACGUUGGGUUUGGUGGUGCUUAGAGGCGACCAGGUUUUGACCACGGUGGUGGAGAACGGUCCUGCGCUGUCUAAGAAAGAAAGAGCUCUGGUGCUAGAAAAAAAGACGGCACAGCUAAGCAAGCAGAAGAGAAAGGGAAAGGGAGUUGUGAAGCCGGUGGCUGGAAAUGUGGGUGGUUCAAAAAUACCAGUGGGGUUCCAAAAGGGCUCGCAGCCGCAGGCGCAGCCACGCCCAUUCCAGCCGCCCCCUGGGUUCAAGAGGCGUUGA